AUGAGCGUAACUGUAAUUAAUUGCGACAAAGUCUUCGCUCUGUCGUAUAUCGGUGGGCGUAUGCCGGUAAAUACUUACCGUACUUCUCCAAGCAGUAUGUGCCGUAAAUUAUUUGAUGAAAGAAAAACUCUGGCAAGCCUUGAAUGGUCUGAUUUCGACGCCAAUGAAGUCGUUGGCAUGCCAAAGUUACCCACGGUAAAGCUACCGAUAGUUGAACCGCACGAGCAAUCUGGAGCUUUACUGGUUGUGGGUGAACGCGAGAUUCAAGACUAUAGGCAGCACCCACUCGUUUGCGGAGAGGCAUUUCGACCCGAAGAUAUACGAUUAGAAGAAGUUCAUUACAUGGAAAGCACAUCGUCAGGAGUCUGCGUUCUUGCGCUGAAUGACGAAUGCGAUAAGAUACCCGAAAUCUUGGCUCGGUCGUGGGUGAACAGCUACAGGCUGGAAGGAGUAUUCGGUCGUGAAACAGUGAAGCACAAGAUCAAAGGGCGUGUUACAUUGAAGGCGGAUUACGAUCAGGUGACUCGACACAGAUUGGAGAAGCUUCUUACACGUGUGCAGUCAGAAUAUCGGAAAGCUGCAUUUGUUGCAGCAGAAGUAGAUAUUCAGAGCGAGGAAGCAUUUGAACUAGCCCGUAAAGGGCUACCUCGUGCUAAGCUUGCCGGAGCUCAAAUCAUCUACAUGUGCGAGUUGAAGCACUUUAGUCUCCCAUAUUUUGCUUUGCAAGUACAAGCUGUAGGUGAAACGGAUGUUUUCUUGAGAUGUUUCAUUCAUGAAUUGGGUGUUAGUCUUGGAUCUACAGCGAGCUGUGUUCGCCUAAUUAGGCGCACAUUUGGACCAUUUCACGCUGGUCAUGCGCUGUUAGAGAAGCAAAUAUCACUUCAGAACAUCGUCAGGAACUUAGAGCUAUGCAGACGAAUCGUGAAGAGCUUACCUGAAGAAGACGAUGUGCUCCAAGAAUCUAGCGCCUACGAUGAAACGAAAUGUGUUGUGGAUGGUCUUGAUCUUCAAACCAAUCAAGAUUACGAUGCGAUGAGGCCUGUUUGGCCCAGAAAUUAUGAUUAAUGGUACGUAGUUCUGUAUUACCAAACUGUUCUUGAACGUUUCAUGGGUUGUACAGUAUGAAUUGCUCACGUGGUAAUAGCUUUGAUUUCAUGAGUUGCCAUGCUGAAUGCUCUGUGUCCAGACUGCAUA